AUGGGCUGGGUUUUGAUCUUCCUGGCGGAGUGGGGGGACCGCUCCAUGUUGGCAACCAUCACCUUGGCCAGCACCAAGAGCGCCCUGGGGGUCUUCAUCGGCGGCUGCUUGGGCCACCUCGUGGCCGGCACCUUGGCCGUGGUGAGCGGCCACUACCUGGAAGAGCACGUCAGCGAUCGAGUCGUCAAGCUUGUGGGCGGUGUUCUCUUCAUCGGCUUUGGUCUCACGACAUUGCUGAACAUCUACUGA